AUGAGGAAGCUUUCAGAAAAAAGUAUACUUCUAUUGGCUCUCUUAUCCAUGGUGCUACUAAUUCAACUUUCUUUCUCCCAAGUUUCAGCCAUAACUUGUCUCGAAAAGGAACUAGAAGCUCUUCUUCGACUCAAGAAAAGCUUUAUUGAUCCAUCUCAUCGCUUGGCUUCAUGGAAAGGAACAGAUUGUUGUAAUUGGGAUGGAGUGGGCUGUAAUGAAACUACUGGAUACGUUACUAAGAUUGAUCUUCGAAACACCAAUGAGGUUUUCCCUGCACUUUUCUUGAGUACAAUUUUAUUAAGUAAUUCAAUUGACUCUAGUUUGUUAGAGUUCAAAUACUUAAAUUACUUGGAUUUAAGUUGGAACUUCUUCCACCAUAGCCAAAUUCCUAAUUUUUUCGGUUCAAUGCUCGAAUUAAGAUAUCUUAAUCUUUCUGCUGCAUCUUUUAGUGGGAAAGUUCCUCCUCAUAUUGGAAACCUUACAAAAUUGGUCGUUCUUGAUUUAUCAUUUAUUGACUUUUACAAUGAAAGAUCGAAGUUGCUCAAUAGUAAUUACGUUGAAUGGAUAUCUCAUCUUUCUUCCUUAAAAUUUCUCUACUUGAGUGGGAUGAAUUUUUCAGACGCUUCGAAUUUGAUGGGAGUGGUUAGUUCUCUUCCUUUAUUGUCGUCUUUAAGGUUGCGUUCUUGUAGCCUUCAAAACCUCCCUUUGUCUUUGGGUUCCUUGAAUUCUUCCUUUCUUACUACCAUUCAACUUCUAGAUUUGUCUUCUAAUUACUUUAGUGGCCCAAUUCCGAAGGCUUUUCAGAAUAUGACAUCCUUGAGAUCCCUCUACCUUUCAGACAAUCAGUUCACUAGCGUUGAAAAUGGACUUUCAUCCUUCAUUGGAAGCAAUUGUCGCUUAAAAAUAUUUGAUUUAUCACGCAACUCUAAUUUUGGUGGAGAUGUAUUUGGAAGCUAUGAAAAUGUAUCUCUAGGUUGCAAUAGAUAUCAUCUUCAAGUGCUUGACUUAUCAAAUACUAAUACGAGAAACAAAAUUCCAAAUUGGUUAGGAAUGUUCAAGCAGUUGCAGUCUCUUGAUCUCUUGGACAGUAACAUUUCUGGUCGAAUUCCUACUUCACUUGGAAAUCUAUCCAACAUUCAAUACCUAGAUCUUUCCCAAAAUAAUCUAAAUGGAGCAAUUCCAACCUCUAUUGGAACAUUAUUGAAUUUGAGGAGCUUGCGUCUUGGAUAUAAUAGAUUGAAAGAGGUGGGUGAGGAAUGUUUUGGAAGUUUGGAGGAGUUAGACAUAUCGAGAAACUUGCUCAAAGGCAUUGUUACAGAAACUCACUUUGCUAAUCUCUCUCAGUUACAGACCUUACUGAUUAGCAACAAUGAACUUCUUUCAUUGGACAUGAAAUCUGAUUGGGUUCCUCCCUUUCAAUUGAACUUUCUUGAUGCAGACUCGUGUAUUGGUUGUUUUGGAAGCAAGUUCCCUCAAUAG